AUACCUAAGGCAACUUCCAACAAUAACGUAUCUAAACCUGUAGGUUAGAAGCUUCCGUUCUUUGUCUCCAAUCCGAAUUGCAUACAUGCGGCAAGCGCCCUGGAGUAGCUUUCUCUUCAGUCGCGACCAGCUAUCAAAUGUUCAAUUUCUUUUUUUCAAGUCCUUUUCUAAAUUCACUUUUCACACUUAACAAUAUUCCACGUUUCUUCAGUUCUACUUUCACACAAUUGAUUAAAAACGCUGCCCCAUCAAGAACGUCUCCGAUUACCACCGGCAUGCUCCUCAAUUGUUAAUGCUGGCAUGUCAUGAUUGAUGAUGCAGGCUACUCAUUACCUAUUUACCCUGCGAUCUUCUAAUUGACAUCACUGGGUAGACACGAACAAACACGACGCGCCACAAUACAACUACUUCUGACAUCGACAACUUCACCUUCACCCACCCCCCAACCCCCCCAACAUUCUCGAUACUAAAUCUAGGCCUUCGAGAUAUUAUUUACUAGCUUGGGGUCUCAUCAAAUACUUUGCGAUACGGAUUUACUAUCCAUGCUUUACCAAGCCACCAUAUCCCAAUUUUUUUUCGACCUGUAUAACAGCUUUGGGCCUAUUUAGGCCUCUCUAAAUAGAUCACAAUGGCAGCAGCUCAACUUUCCGUUCAAGAUCAGAUUCGCCAACUCGAAGGUGCGCGAAAACUUGUUCUAGGUAACGCGAACUAUUACACCCAAGUUAUUCAAGCUACACUUCCUAUUAUAGGACCUUCAGCGCAAGUAGAAUUCCGACGCUGGGGUGCCGAAUUCCUUGCUGAAGCAUUUGCGACACCCGCUAUCGCACCUGGCCAGAAAGAGACCCUAUCUCUAGUAGUAUUGGAAACUCUUAAGUUACUUGUGGAAGACGCCAACCAGGAUGUCAUAGUCCUAAGAGGCGUCAUUCAGGCAGCGGCCAGUAUAUACCCGUUGGCCUUACGAUGGAUUAUUAAUAACUCCUACGACACACACACGUGGGAACGAAUGACUGCUAUCAAGAGCAGGAUCCUACGAAUAUGGGAUACCGCCCCCUUGAGCGUCCGAAUCUGCUGUAUCAAGUUUGCUCAGCGAGUCGUGCUCGCACAAACUCAGAGCAUAAACGCAGAACCAAGACGUGGCGAUCUCCUUGAUAUAUCGCUCGUCAUGAUUCCUUCCAACCAUCCGAUCCUCGAUGCCCCUAAACUCGAAGCCGAAGCAUCAGGGCUCCUGGAUAGAAUGCUUGGAGUCUUGCAAGACAACAGCAGUGAUGCGUUGAUUGUAGACGCAACUCUCAACACGUUGUCUAUCCUCGUCCGAAACAGGCCGGCUACGUCUAAUAGGAUUGUGAACACGAUUCUUAACUUUAACCCGCUGAAGCUCGCGAGCUCGCCUUUAACUCCGAGGACAAAGGUUCUUAUAAAAUCUAUGGAAAAGACGACGCGCAUGUUGCUCAUACAUUUAUCUAGACGGAACCCGCAGCAUCCGCUAGUCGGUCGUAUGCAACAACAAAUCGAGCGCCUUAUUCGCUCUCGAGCUGAGAUACUUGACGAGGGCGGUCGUAAAAGAGCAAUGGCAGAGCAAACCAACGGGGCAGAGGCAAAGCGCCAACGAAUGGAAACUGUGCCUCCUCAUCCGCAACUCGAAAUCACCCCGUUGAAGCCUGGCCCUCACACCCUUGCGGAGGUCUUUACAUUUACUAGCAACGAUGGCUUGAAGAACUUCGACGUUAGUAAUAAUGUUCCAGCACCUUUUGCCGCCAGAAUUAGCGUUACCACCUUCGCCCGCAUAGACCCCCAAUUAUUACAUCGUGCUAUUCAGGGUGUACGAGACCGUUUGACAACGUUGUACGAAGCCCAGCAACAACCAGUCAACCCUGAGACAAUGCCGCUUGAUGUUGAAGAUGAGGAUGACUAUGAGCCUGAUUUUAAUACGGCAGAGGACGCUGAACAAAUUCUAAAUAAGCUCGAUUCCUCACCUGCGGGUGAACGCCACGAGCUAGAAAAGCCGGUACUGGGUGGUCUUGCACUACCUAGUUUCCGAUUACCACCAGCCCCAACAUUAAAUCCGGAGCAAGCUGCCAAGGUAGGGCAAGGUUCAAUUACGAGGGUGUUCGGUACGAUGAGAACUCUCGAGGACCCUGCAAUCAAGAAGGCCAAGGCUGGUAUCAACAGACUUGCAGCCAGUUCGUACGACCGAGACUCGUGGAUUACGGUAAUAACUCGCCUGGCAACCCGGGCUAAUGCAGGACUUGAUACCGCAGAGGAAGAGGAGGGCAGCAAGGGAGCAGUCUCAACUUUUCGUCUAAGCGAUGCUAUUCGAGAGCAACUCUUUAAUUAUGUACUAGAGGAUUUCCGAAAGCGUAUCGAGGUGGCGGUGUCCUGGUUAAGCGAGGAGUGGUACAACGAUAAGGUCCAAGAGCAGUCCUCAUCCAGCGCCAGCGAUACCCCCGUCCAUUACGAAAAAUGGACAUUGCGUCUUCUGGACGGCUUCAUUCCUUAUCUUCACUCACAAGAUAAGGUGUUGACAAGGUUCCUUAGCGAACUACCCGAACUCAACCCGGCCAUCUUUUCGCGAGUUAAGACCUUGUGUCGAGAUCCGAGCUUGGUAAACCUCGCUCUCACGACACUAUACUACCUAGUAAUGAUGCGCCCACCUAUAAGAGAUCUUGCACUGGAUAUCAUUCAGGAUAUCUGGACAGACUACGAAGAUGCAAGACCUAUAGCCGCCAAAUACUUGCAGAGAUGGCGACCCAACUUCAUAGAAACAGCACAACAUACCUUAGCUGGGGGUGAGGGGGCUGUUGGCGCCAGCGUCACGGCAGUUGUUAUGUGAUACCCUUUCAAAUUACGAUUGCGUUGAGUCUUUGGGAGUUACUUAUAAAGGACGUUAUUCCCUUGGCUCGUACCCAGUAGCUAGGGUGGUUCUUGGAGGCAGAAAGGCCUCAAUGUUAUACCACGGCAUCGGGGGAUGGAGAAAUGGGCAAGGGGUAUUUGGAAAAUGUAGAGAAAUACCAGGGAAUAAACAAGAGAGCCAGCAGCGACAGGCCUGCAAAGCGACAUGUACAGAGAUAAGAGGAUGGCUAUGGAAGUCUAAUUCCUAGAGGUGAAUGAAUGAUAAACUAUGGGAAUUCUUCAGACACAACUAUAUAUAUUAAAGCCUUUUUUUGGUAACCAUGCAGAUCUAUUUCCGCGUCGUAGCUCAAAAUAGGAACCCAGAAAGCUCCGCAUAUAAAGCACAUAUCUUAGUACCCUAUGGUGUAUGAAUGGUAAGGU